AUAUGUCGACACUCAGAGUCAAUACCCCCAAAAGCCUACCUCUCUCUUUCUCCAUUAUAACUCCAUCUACAUUCCGUGUGCAGAAACGAUUCUUCUCCACCAAUCCGCGGAGACAAUUCGUCUCCCAACUCUUUUUUUGUUCCGUUUUUAUAUUCCCAGAAUUCAUCCUAUAUAGGAGUGUUUUUCUCCAACACCCUGUCCCAAAUCUCUAGCCUCUUCCCAUGUUAUUCAUUGAGAAUCUCUGGGCGUUGCUUUGCCUUGAAGGUUUCGGAACAAAAGCUCGGAUUUUCUCAGAUUCAAUCUUCCAGACAAUAUUGGAGCCCAUGGCCAAUACGAGCUGUGGAGGAACCGAGUUAGAGACCUGCCGAGACGAAACAGAGGCGCUUGUCCUGAAAUUCAUUGCCAUCGCGUCGAUCCUCAUGGCCGGAGUCAUAGGAAUUGCGAUCCCACUCGUCGGAAAGAACAGCCGCUUUCUCCGCACCGACAGCAACCUUUUCGUUACCGCCAAGGCCUUCGCCGCCGGCGUCAUUCUUGCCACAGGGUUUGUCCACAUGCUUACGGGUGGAUCAAAGGCCCUUUCCGACUCGUGCCUGCCCGAGUAUCCGUGGUCCAAGUUCCCGUUCGCUGGGUUCUUCGCCAUGACAGCCUCGCUCCUCACUCUCCUCGUCGACUUCGUUGGAACCCAGUAUUACGAGCGGAAACAGGGACUGGUACGGGCAACUGAGGAGAUAGUCCGGGUCGGUUCCGCCGACGCGGGACUAGAAUCGGGUAUUUCGCCUGCGGGGGAGGGUAAGGAUUAUAAUGGGAAAGUAUUUGGGGAAGAGGAAGGCGGUGGGAUGCACAUUGUUGGGAUGCAUGCGCACGCGGCACACCACAGACAUAGUCACCCCAAUGGCCAGGAUGCUUGCGACGGGUACCGGAGGGAUAGCUCUCACGGACACGGCCACCAGCACGGCCAUUCUCACGGGUUUGAAGAUGCUGAUGGGGAAGAAGAUGGUGGCGUUCGCCACGUUGUCGUUUCCCAGAUUUUAGAACUUGGGAUCGUAUCACAUUCGGUUAUAAUCGGACUCUCACUAGGAGUUUCCCAGAGCCCCUGCACAAUCAGACCCUUGAUUGCAGCAUUAUCCUUCCAUCAAUUCUUCGAAGGAUUUGCGCUUGGAGGCUGUAUCUCCCAAGCCCAGUUCAAAAAUCUAUCAGUAACACUGAUGGCUUGCUUCUUCGCCAUAACGACUCCGGCUGGUAUCGGCGUCGGGAUUGCCAUUGCUUCAGUCUACAACGCGAACAGUGCAGGUGCCCUGGUUACCGAAGGCAUUUUGGAUUCCAUGUCUGCUGGAAUUUUGGUAUAUAUGGCUUUAGUGGAUCUGAUUGCUGCUGAUUUUCUGAGCAAGAGGAUGAGCUGCAACUUUAGAUUGCAAGUAGUGUCUUAUUUUAUGCUCUUCCUUGGGGCUGGAUUGAUGUCUUUACUGGCAAUCUGGGCCUGAAUUGUAAAUGAAACUGUUCAAGCUUCCAGCUUUUUUUUUGCCUUUUUGCUUUGGUCCCUUUCGAGGGAGAGAGGGAAGGUGGAAAACAACAGAAUGAAAUGUGUUGUUGGGAAAUAAAGGAUGCAGCAUUUCUUACUCAAAGGUCGAACAUGCACAGUUGUCAAGUGCAUGUUUGGCAAGGAGUGCAAUUCAUCUACAGUAGAGGAGUCUAUGUUUGGCAAGACUGAAAUUCGUCCGAGAAAAUCUAUUUAUAAGUCUUAUUGUUUACGCAUCCAA